AUGCGGACUCGCUCCCGGAGUCUGGAGCGAGCAGCAACGUGCGCUCUGCGAGCGCAACCGGGAAUAGGCAUCACCCCUGGACCACUCGCCCCGCCGCCGGGAAGGGGAUGGGAUGGGAGCAUCCUCCCGCUUUUCCAGUUCCCUCCCGGAGUCCCCCGUCCCAGGUCUCUAGGAGUCACCGGGACUAGAGGCCAGAGAAGAAGCAGGGAGGGCGCCACGCCUCUCCGAGUGCGGAAGAGGACCAGGAGGAGGAGUGCGGGAAGCAUGGGGGAAGCAGCCGGAGGAGGGCGAGGAGAGCGGUGCCAACUCCUUUUAUUGGGGUUCUGCUUCUGGGCGUCCGGGACUGCGGCCCCCCGAGGAAAUGACAAUGGGGAAACUCUCCCUGAAUCCAUCCCUUCAGCUCCAGGAACACUGCCUCAUUUCAUGCAGGAGCCUGAUGAUGCUUACAUUAUCAAGAGCAAUCCCAUCACUCUGAGGUGCAAAGCCAUGCCCGCUAUGCAGAUUUUCUUCAAGUGCAACGGGGAGUGGGUCCAUCAGAAUGAGCAUGUUUCGGAGGAGAGCAUGGAUGAAAGCACAGGCCUGAAGAUUCGGGAGGUGUUCAUCAAUGUCACGAGGCAGCAGGUGGAGGAUUUUCACGGGCCUGAGGAUUACUGGUGUCAAUGUGUUGCGUGGAGCCACCUGGGCACCUCCAAGAGCAGGAAAGCCUCCGUCCGCAUAGCAUAUUUACGUAAAAACUUUGAGCAAGAUCCACAGGGGAAGGAAGUUCCUAUUGAAGGCAUGAUUGUCCUGCACUGCCGUCCUCCAGAGGGAGUGCCUACUGCAGAGGUCGAGUGGCUGAAGAAUGAAGAGCCCAUUGACUCCCAACAGGAUGAGAAUAUUGACACCAGGGCUGAUCACAACCUGAUCAUCCGGGAGGCCCGCCUGUCUGAUUCUGGGAACUAUACUUGUAUGGCAGCCAACAUUGUGGCCAAGAGAAGGAGCCUUUCGGCCACUGUGGUGGUGUAUGUGAAUGGAGGCUGGUCUUCCUGGACAGAGUGGUCAGCCUGCAACGUUCGCUGUGGUAGAGGGUGGCAGAAACGUUCACGGACCUGCACCAACCCGGCUCCACUCAAUGGAGGUGCUUUUUGUGAGGGAAUGUCCGUGCAGAAAAUUACUUGCACCUCUCUUUGUCCUGUGGAUGGGAGCUGGGAAGUAUGGAGUGAAUGGUCAGUCUGCAGCUCUGAGUGUGAGCAUUUGAGAAUCCGGGAAUGCACUGCUCCUCCUCCAAGGAAUGGGGGCAAAUUCUGCGAAGGCUUGAGCCAGGAAUCUGAAAAUUGCACAGAAGGACUCUGCAUUCAAGAUAAAAAACCUCUUCAUGAAAUAAAACCCCAAAACAUCGAGAAUGCUAGUGACAUUGCUCUCUAUUCGGGCCUGGGAGCUGCCAUCAUCGCGGUUGCUGUUCUUGUCGUUGGUGUCACCCUGUACAGAAGGAGCCAGAGUGACUAUGGCGUGGACGUCAUUGAUUCUUCUGCAUUGACAGGUGGCUUCCAGACCUUCAACUUCAAAACAGUCCGUCAAGGGAACUCCCUCCUCCUCAACUCCUCCAUGCAGCCUGAUUUGACGGUGAGCCGAACGUACAGUGGCCCCAUCUGCCUUCAGGACCCCCUGGAUAAGGAGCUUAUGACAGAGUCUUCACUCUUCAACCCUUUGACGGACAUCAAGGUCAAAGUUCAGAGCUCAUUCAUGGUUUCCCUUGGGGUAACAGAGAGAGCAGAUUACCAUGGCAACUCCCAUUCUGGAACAUUUCCCCAUGGAAAUAACCGAAGUUUCACCACCAUACAUCCAAGAAACAAAUCACCCUACAUCCAGAAUCUUUCAUCUCUUUCUGCAAGGACUGAAUUAAGGACCACUGGUGUUUUUGGUCACCUAGGAGGACGUUUAGUGAUGCCAAAUACAGGGGUCAGUUUACUGAUUCCACAUGGAGCUAUCCCUGAAGAGGAUUCGUGGGAGAUUUAUAUGUCUAUCAGUCAAGGUGAAGCCAGCCUCCAGCCAGAAGGAGCCGAAGUCCUCCUGAGCCCAGAAGUCACCUGUGGCCCUCCAGACAUCGUGGUGAUGACUCCCUUUGCCUUGACAAUACCACACUGCGCUGAUGUCAGUUCUGAGCACUGGAACAUUCACUUGAAGAAGAGAACCCAGCAGGGCAAGUGGGAGGAGGUGAUGUCAGUGGAAGAAGAAUCGACUUCCUGUUACUGCCUUUUGGACCCCUUUGCAUGCCAUGUCCUCCUAGACAGCUUUGGAACAUACGCUCUUGCUGGGGAGCCAAUCACCGACUGUGCUGUGAAGCAACUCAAGGUGGCCGUCUUCGGUUGCAUGUCCUGCAACUCGCUGGAUUACAACUUGCGGGUAUAUUGUGUGGACAACACCCCGUGUGCAUUUCAGGAAGUGGUUUCCGAUGAAAGGCAUCAAGGUGGACAGCUCCUCGAGGAACCAAAGUUGCUACAUUUCAAAGGAAAUACCUUCAGUCUUCAAAUCUCCGUCCUUGAUAUCCCCCCUUUCCUCUGGAGAAUUAAACCAUUUACUGCAUGCCAGGAGGUUCCAUUCUCUCGCGUUUGGUGCAGUAACCGGCAGCCCCUGCACUGUGCCUUUUCCCUGGAGCGCUACACUCCCACCACCACCCAGCUUUCCUGCAAAAUCUGCAUCCGGCAGCUCAAGGGUCAUGAACAGAUCCUCCAAGUGCAGACUUCAAUCCUAGAGAAUGAAAGAGAAACUAUCACUUUCUUUUCCCAAGAGGACAGCACUUUCCCUGCACAGACUGGCCCCAAAGCCUUCAAAAUCCCCUACUCCAUUAGACAGAGGAUAUGUGCAACGUUUGACACACCCAAUGCCAAAGGCAAAGACUGGCAGAUGUUAGCACAGAAAAACAGCAUCAACAGAAAUUUAUCUUAUUUUGCCACACAAAGCAGCCCAUCUGCUGUCAUACUGAACCUGUGGGAAGCUCGUCAUCAGCACGACGGUGAUCUUGACUCUCUGGCCUGUGCCCUUGAAGAGAUUGGGAGGACACAUACGAAACUCUCUAACAUUACUGAAACUCAGCUAGAAGAACCUGACUUCAGCUACAGCAGACAAAAUGGACUCUAGUCCACCCUCUUUCAUGGACAAACCGAUGGGCCAGCUUUUAGACUUUUACUUUCAGCUCCCACUGCUGGGGAAGGAAGGAGGUGACUUUCUAUCAGUGGCCCUGGGGAAUUGAGUCUUUGUAAUCAGCAAAUCACCAUUUAAAGUGAAGGUUGUGUUGGAAAAUCUCUGUAAUCAGGUUAAGUGCAAGGUCCCUUUGAUUGAGAGUUACCUUGUUCCCUCCUUAAUCUUCUCAGAAUUAAAACUCUGGUUAACAUUUACACUGGAAUGUUGCUAGGAGUUGUAGAGGGGAAUGUAAGGAAAAAACAGUUCCCCUCUGGAGGGAUUUAAAUCUGUAGAAACAAGUGGCAAUGAGUAAUGGGCUACAACCAAGCUGGAAAGGCAGAGGUUGAAGCAGCUUAAUUGGAUUGAAAUGCAAGUUCUGCAGCUGGUCUUCAAUGAGGUGCCCAAAGAACCAGCUGAUUUGGGUACCAGAUUGUUAGGUUGUUGUUGUUGGGGUUUUUUUCCAACCCCUAGCUUCUGAAAUUUGGGGAAAAACUGAUAUAAAACUGAUAUUUAGGAAUGAUAGUAGUGGCAGGAAAAUUGGGUGAUUUUAAUAAGGUCCAGACGAGACAUUUGAUUUUUAAAAUUCUGGCUUUCUUUGCUUGGAUAUAUUUGUUAUUAAUAAUGAUGAUGAUGAUGAUUUGUGUAUUUGCUUAGUGCUUACUAUGUGCCAUGCACUGUACUAAGCAAUGAGGUAGACAGAAGGUAAGCAGGUCAGAAACAGGUCCCUUUUGCAUAUGGGCACCACAGUGUAAAGGGGAAGGAGAACCAGGUAUUGAAUCCCCAUUUAUAGAUGAGGAAAAGGAAACAUAAA